AUGGAUGAACUUGAAGUAGCAAUUUUGUGCCUAUAUGGAAAUGAAAGUUCACAGAUUAAUAAAAAUGAGGCACGAAAAUAUUGUGAAAUGUUUCAGAACAAUAGUGAUAGUUGGAAAUAUUGCAUUACAAAAUUAAUUGAAUCAAAUAAAUUAGAAAUAAAAUUUUUUUGUGUUAAUGCAAUAAUAGAAAAAUUAGGGACAUUAAAAGUUGAAGAUUUGAUAAAUAUAAAAAAUUCAUUAUAUACCUAUUUAGAAAAAAAAUAUAUAACAAUUAAUGAAGACCCAUGUGUAGUUAAUAAAUUAAUACAAUUGUAUUUAUAUUUAAUUGAAUAUUUAUAUCCAAAUAAUAUGGCUGAUGGGUUUAAAUUUAUAAUAAAUAAUAUUAUGGUAAAUAAUGAUAUGAAUAUAAAAAAUAGAUAUAUAUUCUUUUUUCUAAAAUUAAUGAGUAUGUUAGAUACAGAAUAUAUAGAUAAUUCAUAUGCUAAAAAAAAUUUACAAGUAGUUACAAAUUUAAAAGAAUCUAUAAAAAAUAAUGAUUUACCAUUAAUUGUAGAAUGUUUUUAUUAUAUAAUGAAUUUAAAUAUAGAAGAAAAUACAUCGCUAGCUAUUUUUACAUUAGCUAAAUAUGUUCCAUGGAUUGAUAUAAAUUAUGUAGUAAAUGACAAAGUACUAAGUUUUAUAUAUAACACUUUAAAUUCGAUAAAUCCAAUUUCACAAGCUAGCUAUCCAUUUUUAACUUCUUUAAUAAAAAAAGGUAUGAAUCCUGUUAAUAAAAUUCAAUUUAUUGAAAGUAUAAACAUUGUAUAUAUAAUACAAAAUAGUCCAAAAAUAGUUGAUACCUCUUUUGAAAUAAAUAAAAAUAUUAUGCUAAAAAAAGGAGAGUUAAUAAAUAAUAUUUGCUUAGAAUUAGUUGAAUCAAUUUUUGAAAUUACCAAACUAAAGGACUAUGAAAUGAAUAUUAUGAAAUAUAAUGAAGUUUGUGAUAAGGCAACAAAUUUAUUAUUUAUUAUUUUACCACAUGCAUUAGAUAUAUUUUCUGCUAAUGAUUUUUAUAUAACUAGUACUGUUGAGCAAUUUUUUAGUUUAUUUUUUACAAAAUUUAAAGGAAUUAUAGAAUUAACCCCUGGUACUAAUACCGAAAAUAAUAACAACCCUAAUAAUUGUAAUAGAGGAAUUACUGGAAAUUCAUAUAAAAUUCCUAUGAGCAAAUUAAACGUUUUUAUAAACAGUCUUAUGUGUACUACUGUUAAUAAAUUUGAAUUCCCAUCAUAUAUUGGAGAAGAUUAUGAUGAAGAAGAUGAAGAUUAUAUUACUUUUAUAAACUUUCGAGAAAAUAUUGAAAAAUUAUUUCAACGUUUAAUUUUAUUUGACAAAUUAAAAUCUAUUGAAAUUAUUAAAAAUGCUAUUCAAUAUUUAAAUGAAAAUUUUGAUAAUCUUCAAUGGAAUAACAUAGAAUGUAAGCUAUAUGCAUUUUAUAUUACUACAUCUAUUUAUAGCGAAUUUAAAGGAAAUCCUAGUACAAAUAGCGGAUCAAAUAAUAAUACAAAACAACAACAACAAAAAGAUUCUGCUGAAAUGUCUUUAAGCUAUAAUAAUUUAUUAUAUGAAUGUUUAAUAGAAUUAUUAAAAAAUAGAAAAAUUGUUAAUUGUAGUAAUAAUCUUAUUAAUAUAAAUUUAAUGGAAAUCUUUCAAAGACUAAAUUUAUUUUUUAUUAAAAAUCCACAAUAUAUUGAAUAUUCCUUACACGUAUUUAUUACUAACGGUAUUCGAAGUAACAAAAAUAGUGUAGUAAAAAAAGCGAUACAUAUUUUUAAAAAAUUUAUCAAAAAUAAUUCUAUUGUUAUAUCAAAUUAUAUUAAAGAUAUAUUGCAAAUGUUAGAACCAUAUUUAGAUAUACCAUGCCCAUAUCAAAAAAUACGAAAUAAUGGACUUAUGGGUAAUAGCCCAUUUAAUACCGUUGCAUUAAAUCCAGAUACUAUAAAAUCUAUAUAUACUUAUAUGUAUAAUGAAAAAAAUUAUACAUACGAUGAUCAAAUUGAUAUAUACGAAACAGCAGGAUUGUUGUUAUUAUAUCACGAUUUUUCAAGGGGUAAAAAAUUAGUAAAUGAUGAAGGAUAUCAAAGCAAUAGAGCCGCAAACAUGUGCAAUGCAGGUACAGAUUUAAAUAGUAUAAAUGAAAAAAUGAAUGAACAAUUAAUUCCAAUUUAUAAAGAAAGAAUAUUAUUUUUUAAAGGGGUAUUAAAUAAGCUACUAGAAAAUUUAGCUUCUAUUAAAAAUUUAUAUAUAAACUCUCCUAAAACACAACAAGAUACAUUAUGCUUAAGUUUUACUUGUAGUAUUAUUAUUAAAUGCAUAGGAGCAUUAUGUAAAAAUGUAAAUAUCACUAUGACAGAUACAUUAAUCAAUGACCUAGAUAAUACAUUAGGUUUAAUAAUUAGCGAAUCUUUAGAACUAUUUUAUACUAAUUAUCUCGUUAGAGAUUCUGUUCUAUAUACUUAUAGAAUUCUCUCUAAUUUAUUCAAAGAAUUAUCACUUAAUUAUACAAUCAAAAUAUUACCAUAUUUUUAUAACAUAUCAUAUAAUAUGAUAAUGGAAAAAUUGAAAAAAGGUAAUACCAGUGAUAACUCGGGAACUAAUGGUAACGCUUUUAGUAUGACUACUCCAACAUCUUUUCAAAUCUCUAAUAACCCAUCAGGUAAUGAUUCAAAAAAUGUUUCAAGUAGAUAUCAAGAAGAAUUAAAAUAUUUAUAUAAUGAAUUAAAUGAGUUAAGUAUAUUAGUAUGCCAUCUUAUAUCAACAUAUAAAGAAAAAUCGUUUGAUACAUUUAUUAAACCAUAUAUACAUAAUAUUACCCAAAUUCAUUUAAGUGUAUGGAAAUGUAUACACGUCCAAUCUAUUGAAAUGCAAAGAGAACAAAAUUCAGUUUUAUCACCAUUAUUAUUAAUAUUCUAUAAUAUAUCAUUAAACAUACCAACAGCAAUACAUAAUUUUAUUUCUUUUGAGCAUGUUGCUAUAAAUCAUAAACAUUUUUGUGAUAUGUUUGCAAAUGAUGAUUUAAUAAAAACAAAAAUAGCAGAUGCUGUUACAAGCAUAUUACUUAUUUCUUUAAAUUAUAAAAAUACCAUUGAUUUGAGUAUUUGUUUAUAUUCAUUCCAAACUAUUACUAAUAUAUUAAACAGUGCUGCCAAUAUGCCAACUGCUGAUGAGAUAUUAAGUAAAUACCCAUUAAUGCAAAUUAUUGAAACAAUCUGUAUGUCUUUAAAGUUCUUGGAUUACUCUGACCCCAAAAAUAAGAGGGUAAUUCAAGAGGCUCUUACCAUAUUUAGAUUAUUAUGUGGAUUUAAAGGAACUACUAAUUGUUUACCAAGAAAAAUAAUCGAAAACUCACAAAUGUGCUUACAAAAUUCGCUACUUUCAGCUUUUAAUAACAACCAAAAUGAUAUUCCUGUUUUACUUCAAGCAAUUAAUGAAAACAAUCAACAACAGUUUAGACAUAUUUUAUCUAAUUUUGCUGCAUAA